AUGAGCGUCACACUUCAGAAUCUGUCUCCAGCUCCGACCCUGACCCCCCACAGAGACAUGCAGAGUUAUUCUCUUCAACACUUGGACGCUCAGACCAGAGACAGACUGUUCCGCUGCCAACUCCGACUCCACAGACUCCCCCACACUGAGGAGAAGUGCUCUGGGCUGAAGCAGGAGAGCACAGGAGGUCCCCACGAGUCUGAUAGAGACUUCAAACACUCAGACCAAAUCAAACAAGAGAUACUUCUGCACAUAAGCUGCCAGUACUGUCGCAAAAGAUUCUACUCCACGUCUGCUCUGAAGCGCCACCUGCUGGACCACACCGAGGAUCGACCGUACAAAUGUGACCAGUGCGAGCUCGCCUACACGCGGAUGGGAAACCUCAGACGCCAUUGCCUUUACGCCCACGUAGAAUCCAAACCUCGUGACGACAGCGACGGCCACAGCUGCCAGUACUGUUCCAGGAGCUUCCCGUCAGAGGCCUUUCUGAAAAUGCACGUCCGCAUCCACACGGGGACGCGGCCUUUCGUCUGCGAGCACUGCCACAAAGCCUUCACACAGAUGGGAUACCUGCAGAAGCACCGACUCUGCCACGACCCGGAACGCGAGGCUUUCCACUGUCACUUCUGUAAAAACACUUAUUCGUCUUCGUUUAAUCUGAAGCGGCACCUGGGCAGCCACACCGGAGAGAGGCCGUUUAAGUGUGAGCUCUGUGGGAAAGCGUUUAAACGUUUAGGGCAUUUACAGAAACACACGCACGGCCACCAUCGCGUUCAGGCCUCGGCUCAUUCCUGUCAGAACUGUCCUAAAGUCUUUUCGUCGCCUCAUGAGCUGCAGCGACACGUCUGCCUCCGCACGGAAGAGGAGCCGUGUAAAUGCGAACGCUGCGUCUCGGACUGUAAACAGACAGAAAUUGUCAAAACAGAAUCUUCAAGUCAGUCCCAGAGUGUUCCAGGCUCAUGCUAA